AUGAUCAGUGUCAAUUUACUUGCGCGGGGAAAGUUGAAGCGACAGUGUUUGACUUUUGGAGAUGUUCUUGUUGCGUCUGCUUCGAACCCGGAGCUGAGGGUACAAGGGGAAUGCCUGGUCAAUGCAGGUGACUCUUAUAGACGGACUACGUCGCACACUUGCCACCCUAAACACUGUAAGAGCAAGGAGGAGUCCAAGACUGGUGACGAGAUCGGUCAUUGUCAAAAAUGUAAGAAGUGGAACAAAAUCUGCAAGCUGUCCAGCCAACCGCAACCUACCAUGGCGACGAAAUUCAAGAAGAGUUUAAUAUCAAACCUAGGAAACACCGCCCUCACUCAGAUGUGUCUUUUAAUGUUCUGUAGCCUGUGCAUGCUGAUGGUUUCCAUCUUCAUCGCUGUGGCCACUGGGUCAGAAUACACUGCUGGCAAACAAAAGUGUGACGAGUAUUCUGAACGAGGGUAUAAUGAAUGGUGCAAUAUGUCGUCGACGGCGCAGUUUAAUCAGGUGUCUGGAGGCUGGGGCGGCUUCAACCAGUCCUUAACCGUCGCUUCUCUUCUCCCCGACCGCCUUGGUAAUGAGAUAAUUAGCUUUUGCAUAUCCAACGGAGCUCAGUUCAUAUAUUCUCUUCUCUAUCUAAUGCUCAUUUACAAUAUUACUUUAAUAUCGCAAGAAUAUGAUUGGGGAAAAUUAGAAUGGGAACGGCGACGCCUUCGAUGUACGAUCGUCAAGGGAGACUGCUUCUCGCAAGACUAUCUCCUUCAGCUACCAAAGCAGAUUUUAUUCCCUAUCAUGGGGUACAGCGUCUUGACGCAUUGGAUGCUUGGAGAGGCACUGCAGACCCAGGAAGCGAUUUGGAGGGAAGAUAUACCUGGUCGGCAUGUUGAACAUUCUAAAUACAUAAUAACAUACGCAGCAUACCCAUUGUGGGCUGCGACGUUUCUAAUCCUUGUGAUGACCGCCACUUGCUGGUGGGCGUUCACAUACAAGCGCGAGGGUUUCAUUCCUCAGAUGUUCGGGAGUAUCAGGACGUUAUGCGCGGCAACGACUCAGCUCGAUGAUUUCCCAAAGUCAGCCAAACUCCCAUUUGUGUGCAUGUGGAGUUCUGCUAAUCAGUUGCAGUGUCGGUGUGAAAUGGGGUGA